AUGAGGUUGAUGCUGUUCUGCUGCACGUGGAAGGACGAACGCAUGGGAGAUGAGGAAGCAGAUGGGCGGUUGCCGGUGUGUUCCGGGUGCAGGCUGAGGAUCUACGAUGAUCAGUACCUCCAGGCCCUCAACGCCGACUGGCACGCCGUCUGCUUCCGGUGCUGUGAGUGUCGGGCGUCCCUGUCCCACUGGUACUAUGAGAAGGAGGGGCAGCUCUUCUGUAAGAGGGACUACUGGGCACGCUUCGGGGAGCUCUGCAACGGCUGCACCGAGACCAUCAGCACCGGCCUCAUCAUGGUUGCUGGGGAACAGAAGUACCACCCGGAGUGUUUUGCAUGUUUGGGCUGUGGGUCGUUCAUCGGGGAUGGGGACACCUACGCCCUGGUGGAGCGCACCAAGCUGUACUGUGGGCACUGUUACUACCAGAACAUCGUCACCCCGGUGACCCUGCCGGACUCGUCGUGCUCCAGGAUUCCGCACACGGUGACGCUGGUGUCCAUCCCAGCCUCUGUGGACGGGAAGCGGGGACUCUCCGUCUCCAUCGACCAGAGCUGCAGCCCGGGGAGCUGCGAGCCUGACUCCAGCCCCACCGUCAGAGUGUCCGAGUUGGACUCAGACUGUAUAAGCCCGGAUGUGAAGAGCUCAGUACACGUUGGGGAUCGGAUACUGGAGAUCAACGGCACCCCCAUCCGAAAUGUCCCACUGGAUGAGAUUGACCUGCUGAUCCAGGAGACGGGGCGUCUCCUGCAGCUGACCAUAGAGCACGACCCCCAUGACCGGGGCCGUGGGGAGGGGCAGGUGGAUGGGCCUGCGUUGCCCGCGGAAACGCCCAGCCCAGUCAGACCCCCCCUCACAGUCCCCACGAGCCUGGACAUCUGCAACCUCCGCUCCAGAGCCAUCACGCGAAGCUGCAGUAUAGACAAGUCUCCGUGCUCCAGCAGUGCGGCCUCUCCUCUCUCUCAGAAGAAGGACAUCGGGCGCUCCGAGUCCCUGCGCGUGGUCUCCAGCGACAGUACGCACCGCAUCUUCCGGCCGUCCGACCUCAUCCAUGGCGAGGUCCUGGGGAGGGGCUGCUUUGGGCAGGCCAUCAAGGUGACGCACCGAGAAACAGGGGAGGUGAUGGUAAUGAAGGAGCUGUUGCGGUUUGACGACGAGACCCAGCGGACCUUCCUCAAGGAGGUGAAAGUGAUGCGCUGUCUGGACCAUCCCAACGUCCUAAAAUUCAUUGGCGUCCUGUACAAGGACAAGAGGCUCAACUUCAUCGCAGAGUACAUCAAAGGAGGAACACUCCGAGAAAUCAUCAAGAAAAUGGACAGCAAGUAUCCGUGGAAACAGCGAGUCAGCUUCGCCAAGGACAUCGCUGCCGGGAUGACCUAUCUUCAUUCCAUGAACAUCAUCCACAGGGAUCUGAACUCACACAACUGUCUAGUGAGAGAGAAUAACAGUGUGGUGGUGGCAGAUUUCGGGUUGUCGCGCCUCAUGGUGGAAGACCGGUCCCAGGACGGUCUCUCCCCGGGGAAGAUCCCGGGCCUGAAGAAGCCGGACCGCAGGAAGAGGUACACCGUGGUGGGGAACCCCUACUGGAUGGCCCCCGAAAUGAUCCACGGGAAGAGCUACGACGAGCGGGUGGACAUCUUCUCCUUCGGCAUCAUGCUGUGUGAGAUUAUCGGGAGGGUGAACGCUGACCCGGACUACUUGCCCCGGACCAUGGACUUUGGGCUGAACGUGGGGGGGUUCCUGGAACACUUCUGCCCCCCAGACUGCCCCCCCUCUUUCUUCCCCAUCGCCGCCCGCUGCUGUGACCUGGACCCAGACAAACGCCCUCCCUUCUCUCAGCUGGAGGAGUGGCUGGAGAACCUGAAGAUGCACCUGGACAUCCGGUUGCCCCUGGCCUCCGAGCUGGACCAGGUCGACCAGGCCUUCUGGCAGAACCACGUCCGCUCGGAGAACAGACUGCACCCCCACCCCGAGCAGCCCGAGUAGGGCCGGAUCGAACCGGAGCAGACUGGACCCUGUGGGGCAGAGGGGGGCGGGGCUUCAUCAACCCGCUUUCACACCCACGAGGCAGCUGUCACAUGGUUGGGUCGCCAUGGCGAUGAGGUGGCGAGGGUAGGGGAGUGUCUUUUCUUUAACGGUGACCACCAUCUCUGUAGGGGGGCUCGUAAAGAGGGUGUUUCCAGAACAGGGGACCGUUCCUGUGAGAGAGAAAAAAAAUUAAAAAACAGCUUUUUUUUUUUCUUCCUGCGGAAUUCUUGCCAGAUCCACCACCGCAUCUCUCAGCUUCAGCUUCAGAACCAUCCGCAGAUCAGCUUCAGCCCGCGAAUCGCUGGCGUCUCCUGCUCUUAGCACGCUCACCCCUCCCUCCCGCCCCGCGUAAAACAUCACCGCUUUAGCACCAGCCAGCCUCAAACCAGAGAGGCGGAACACGGAACGCGGAACAGAGAACGCGGAACACGGAACGCUGUCCGUCUCUUCUGUCCAUUUCUCUCACCGUAGCUCAGUGCAGUCCUGAAAAAAACACAAGAAAAACAUAAAAAAAAACACUUGAAGUGUUGCUGUGAAAACAUGGAUUGUUUUGUUGUUGUUCCCCCCCUCCACCCCUCUGGCUGUUUUGGGGACUCACAGAGCAGGGGCUACAGGGGCAUCAGACUCUGUCUGAAUGCAGUUUUAAUCCUGAAAAUGAGAAAAAAAUAAUAUAUAUUUAUUUAAAUGAGUUUGAAACUUUUCUAAAAUGUCGAGAGCUCCCAAAGACCCAUUUCGAGCGUUAGGACUCCCAGCGGUGAGGUCAUCGUCACCGUCGCUCAGUAACCAAUCAGAAAUGCCUGUUUCCACAAGGUCAAAGUGCGUGUAGGCAGCCCAUAGAUACAGGGCUACUGGAUCUCACAUGCCCAUAAGAAACUAAAGUGUCUCAUGUAAACUGUGUGGCUCCAUCAGAAGCACACCUGUAUCUGUGUGCCGGAAGCAGCCUGGAUUUUCCCGGAAUGAUCCGGAAUGUUCCAUGGUGUGUGUGUGUGCGUCCUUUUGAGACUCACCGGGAAACGGGAGUCAUUUUAAUGGGUGUCGGAGACGAACCACUUGUCAGAUCCAGUAGGUCUGUGUGUGUGUGACUCCUGCUUUGUGUUCUGUCUCUGUUGUGUCAUGCUGUGUGUGUGUGUGUGUGUGUGUGAGAGAGAGAGUGUGUGUGUGUGUGUGUUGGCCCGGCCUGUACCUUUUUCUCUCAGCAAACUCUCCCUACAGCUCAUGGUAGUUCAGUCGUGUACGUUUAUUAUUUUUUCACCUGGCUGAAAUCUUCCAUCGUUGUACUGUACAUAGCUCGCUGAUGCUGUUGUGUACUGUAAAUGUGCUGUAAUAUGUUAUAUAGGGUGUACAUACUUGUUUUAUAUACUGUUUGGCCGUGUUCUACUAAGAUACAUGUUGAAAAAUCGGGAUUUUAAAAACAACAGUGUUUGGGACUGUACUUGAAAGUGCAUAAUGGCUGUUUGGUGGGAUCAGAGGUCUCUUCCUGUUACCCAGGGGUCAAAGGUCAGCAGGUCGCCUGUUGCCAUGGAGAAGGAAGUCCUUUUAGUGUGUACCACCGGUCCAUUUCUACCAUCAUACAUUUGUCUGUGGUCACGUUGGUUGAGAUCACAUUAUGUGGUCUUGGACUUUUUAAAUUGUUGCUUAGUUACUGUUUCACGAAACACAAUCGGCCAACCAAUCAGAUUAGGCCACGCCCAUAGAACGGGAUGUCUCAUCUUGUCGAUCAGCCUCAGAUAUUGGUAUAUAUUCCUGUUAAUUUAUUUUGUAUAAAUGAUAAGGAGAAGAAGGAUAAUUGUCUCACAGAAAAAUUAUGUUUUUAAGUGAUAUCGGUAGACUGUUAACAGUGCUGGCAUUCUGUGGGGUUAGGAAAUCUUCCCUGUCAUUGCUGGUAAAGGCAGCUGUAAGUGUCUAUGUACAUACCUUUCUCUCCAUCUGUGUUGGUCUCUCUAUCACUCUCCCUCUCCUCCCAUUUUUCUGUACCUCUGUCUGUGUGUCCCUCUCUUUCACACAUGCUCUUGUGUUCUCUCAUUUCCUUCAGUCAUGUUCUCCCUCUCUCUCUUUCUUUCUCUGGCUGUCUGUCAGCCAUGGGCACGUUUUCCCCACCAUGAUGUUCAUUUAAAGAUUAUACCGGUGCAGUGGUGUGAUGUGAUAGAGAAACUGCUAUGCAUAAUCUGUUGGAGAAGAGGAGGCGAUGCAUGUAUUGGUCAAAAUGUCACACAUCCUAUAGGUGCACCAGUCAGUGUACGCUUGUGUUUGAAAUGUUCCAUAUGCUGUAGCCUCUGAAGUCUUUACAUGCAGUUCAGUACGUGGCAGUGACAUUACCAGCGUAUGUAUUUAAAAUUUUACACCUAUAUUUUGUAUAUUGGCUUCACAUUUUAAGCUUUUUCUACACUUUGCUGCGGAAUCGAGGUUUAAAAACAAAACGUCAUAGAAACCCUCUGAUGAACUGCAACUGCUGUGGCCCUCGGUGGAUUUUAAAGAUUGCACUAUAUUUUCCAGAAGCCAUGAGGCCAUUUUAACUGUAAGAGUGAAAGCGUCUGUGAGGACUAUGCAGGCUUAUUUCCCCCUUGUGUACCGUAUCCAAGAGAAGUAAGAUUUCACACCCUGUGCGGCGUCAGUAGGAAAAAAAAUCUCCCAAAAGACCAACGGGUUCAACCUGUACGAAUGUGUGCACCCAAUCAGCAAAUUCACUGGGAGAGCUUUAAACGAACGGCUUCUUAAAAUGCCCAAAAUGAGGAAAUCUUGCCGCACGUGGGGGACGCUUUUAAAAGUGUGGGGUCUUGUGGAAGUGGCUUGCCAAAGUUCGGCUCUGUCUUUGAGUGUAAAAUUCGGUGUUUAGCCGGGAUGGGUCUGUCGUCGCUAAGCGCUACGAUCUCCCGGAAGCGGGAGUUAAUUUGCCCACACUUCGGCUCCUUCGUGCUCGGCUCACUUCCGGUCUGUGAAUCCAAACGUCUUCAUCAGGAAGAAAAAAAGACAGCGCGCACCGCUUCAUCUGUACUUCUCUCCCGGUUAUCUGUCCUGCGAUUAUCCGUUUCAUUAGCGGCUAGGCUAGCAGUAGUAGGCUAGUGAUCUUGAGUCAUCCUGCUUACAAACUCAAAUAACCAAGCUGACUCCCCUACGAAACCCCGAGUCAGUCGGUCUUAUGCACGUUUUGGUGAAGUAGCCACAGAAAUUCAGAAGCUUCUGCAGUGGGAUGUGCUGUGUCUUCUUUCGGUCCGUCAACGUUGACUGUCUCUGUGCGUCUGUGGAGAUGUUGCCAUGGUGAUUAUUUGCGAAACGAUCCUUUUACCUCUGAACUUUGCCGUGCCUUUUUGCUGAACGCUGGCCUUGCCAACAACUCGCUGCGUCUCUGUUUUUGAGCGAAUUUUUGUCUUGUAAGUGUAAACCUGUACAGAUCUUACAUCAUUGCUGAUGUUCUGCUGAUGUUCUUCUUUCACGAUACUCUCGGACGCUCAAUGUCAUGUUUAUAUAUUUUUUUCAUAUCCCCCGCUUUUAUCUCUAUUUUAUUUUUUACACAAACUGUGAAGAAGAAAAAAAAACCUCUGCACUUUAGUUCGGGAACGACAACGUGAGUCACUGGUGGCGACUAUUUAACUGUAGCUGGAAUAAAAUUGCCACUCCUUCAAGAAAA